GCCUGCAGCUUUAAUCCGCGCCUUAUCAUGACGUGUAUUUUAUAACUCCCCAACAAGAGGUGAAUUUCAGGACCCCCUCUCAGCACGACGCUCGCCCAUGUGCUUUGUGGUGCAAAGGGAAGUAAGGCAGUAAAAGUCCGGUAAGAGGCGGUGCUGCUUGUUGUGAUUCCGGUGGAAGAGGAUCUUUGCUGGGUGUUUGUGCAUCAGCGAGGAGGUUUGAUGACGACGCAAGAAGAGAAGAUUCUGACAGAUGAAAUGGCAAACUCAUCACCAGCAAAGAGUGUAGGUGACCCUGGUAUUACUCCGCUGUCUCCUACGCAUAUUCAGAAUGACACCAAUGACCAAGUCCCGUCAGGAAUGUCCUUCAUGGUGGUGGUGGCCAUUGACUUUGGCACCACAUCCAGCGGGUACGCUUAUGCAUUCACCAAGGAGCCAGAGUGCAUUCACACCAUGAGGCGAUGGGAGGGUGGAGAUCCUGGCGUGUCCAACCAGAAGACCCCAACCACAAUCUUGCUGACUCCGGACAGAAAGUUUCAUAGUUUUGGCUACGCGGCACGUGACUUUUAUCACGACCUGGACCCCAGCGAGUCCAAACACUGGCUCUACUUGGAGAAAUUCAAAAUGAAGCUCCAUACUACGGCAAACCUAUCCAUCAAUACAGACCUCCAGGCAGCAAAUGGGAAGCGCGUGAAGGCUUUAGACAUUUUUGCUUAUGCACUGGCCUUCUUUAAGGAGCAAGCGCUAAAGGAGCUGAGUGAUCAGACUGGUUGCGAGUUUGACAACAAUGAUGUCAGAUGGGUCAUCACUGUUCCUGCCAUCUGGAAAAUGCCUGCAAAACAAUUCAUGAGGGAAGCUGCUUAUAAGUCUGGUUUGGUGUCACGUGACAACCCAGAGCAACUUAUCAUUGCCCUCGAACCUGAGGCGGCGUCAAUCUAUUGCCGCAAGCUACGUCUCCACCAGAUGGUGGACUUGAGCAACCAGACCAAUCAGAAUGGCUGUAGCCCUACGGACAAUGUGGGAACUGCCAUGACUCAAGCUUCUCCAGGCCACGCAGCUAAGGAGCAUGUGCGGCGCAACCGGCAAAGUCGCACCUUUUUGGUGGAAAAUGUCGUAGGGGAGCUUUGGUCGGAGCUGGAAGAAGGAGAUCGUUAUGUUGUGGUGGACUGUGGCGGAGGGACGGUGGACCUGACCGUCCAUCAGAUUCGUCUCCCGGAGGGACAUCUAAAAGAGCUUUACAAGGCUUCUGGUGGACCAUAUGGCUCUCUUGGGAUCGACUAUGAAUUUGAGAAGCUGCUGUGUAAGAUCUUUGGACAGGAUUUCAUCGACCAGUUCAAAAUCAAGAGGCCGGCCGCUUGGGUGGACCUCAUGAUCGCCUUUGAGUCACGGAAGCGAGCGGCAGCUCCUGGCAGGACCAACCCUCUAAAUAUCAACUUGCCCUUCUCCUUCAUCGACUACUACAAGAAGUUUAGGGGUCACAGUGUCGAGCACGCCCUUCGCAAGAGCAAUGUGGACUUUGUAAAAUGGUCAUCACAGGGGAUGUUGAGGAUGAGUCCUGAUGCCAUGAAUUCUCUCUUCAAGCCCACCAUUGAACACAUCAUUCAACACCUCAAUGAGCUCUUCGAGAAACCUGAGGUGAGCAACAUCAAGUUCCUUUUCCUGGUGGGAGGUUUUGCCGAGUCGCCGCUUCUCCAGCAGGCCGUCCAGAACAUGCUUCAGGGCCGCAGCCGCAUCAUCAUCCCGCACGAUGUUGGCCUCACCAUCCUCAAAGGUGCGGUGCUGUUCGGCUUGGACCCCAGCAUCAUCAAAGUCCGCCGCUCCCCGCUGACCUACGGCGUCGGUGUCCUUAAUCGCUUCGUGGAGGACAAGCACCCGUCAGAGAAGCUGCUGGUGAAGGACGGCACGCGCUGGUGCACUGACGUCUUCGACACCUUCAUCUCCGCUGACCAGUCGGUGGCGCUUGGCGAGUUGGUGAAGCGCAGCUACACGCCGGCCAAGCCCUCGCAGCAGGUCAUCGUCAUCCACGUCUACUGCUCCGAGAAGGAGAAGGUGGGCUUCAUCAGCGAGUCCGGCGUGAAGAAGUGCGGGACGCUUCGCCUGGACGUCAGCGGAACGGAAAGCACGGCCCCGCGCCGUGAAAUCCAGACGCACAUGCAGUUUGGUGACACGGAGAUCCGGGCGAUGGCGGUGGACGUGUCCACUGGGCGCACGGUCAAGGCUAGUAUUGACUUCCUUAGCCAUUAAGCUUAUUUUCACAUGUAUGCUAGAAACGAAACACAUCUUACACACUUUCAAACCUUCAUCACUUAACCAAUACUCAAUUGUUAUGUUGAUUAUUGAUCAAUUAUAGCACGACGCCACAAGAAAAUUACAUUGAAAACGAGAAUGUUUGCGUGCUCUGCUAACAGCUUUAUGUGACAAGCAGGAAAGAAAAACAUGUUUUGCUGCGUAUAUAAUAAAUACCGUCUUCUAUGAUCACGUUACACUUAAUUACAGAAAGGGAAAGCUGGACAGAAAAAAGGUCUCAUGACAUCAUGACAUGACAAACAUUGCUGACGGUUAGCAUAUUUACUAUAAUUUAUUUGGAAAUCAUGUAAAAAAAUCCAGAUCUUCCUUUUAAAUGAAGCUGAGUUGAGUCUUAAAUAUCGAGCAUAUUUAUUGUCUUUGGUGUGCACAAGUCAGAUGCUCCAAGAUUUUGUUUUAAUUUUGAUACCGCUAAUUCAACUUCGUAACUGCGUCCAAUUAACUUCUCCUUACAUUUUGGCCAGACGUCGUCGUUUUCUAAUUUGUCCCUCAACUAUCAACCGUCUAACACUUUAGCCAAUGCUAAACUAGCUGACAUUAGUUGCAUUAACAACUAGAAAAUUACUACGGCUCUAUCUCCCAUGUAAUCAAUUGUUCCUUAUCCUAUUUCUGACAUCUCCUGAAAGUUAUAUAGAAAUAACUAACUGCAAAGUAGUUAGUAAACUCUGACUGACAUGGUUGUAAGGCAUUUUCUAUGACAUUAGCAACAUCACUCAAAGGUUAUGAGCAAAUGUUGAUAAAACCUUCUGGAAAUGUCAGAAAUGAUUGGGAAAUAAUAUUAUUGAGAGGUAGGACCUGGCAGAGUUCUGUGCUCUCCAAGUGCUUUUCUAUUUAUGUGUUCAUUAUUACAAUUAAGCUAUCAUGUCUGUUUACCAAAUUCAAAGGAAGGAAUACAUAAUUUAUAUUUAUAUGACUUCAUCACACACGCUAGAUAAAACAUAAAUGUACUGGUCAAAAAUCAAAAUGGCUGCCAACCUGCAAAAAUGGUUACUUUUCACUGUUACCCUCGUGUGGCACUUUAGACAGCUUUGACUCUUAUUUCUCAGGCGUAUGUUUAUGUCCAUGCAGAAUUGAAAUUCAUUUUGUAUAAAUGUUUUGUCUUUUUAGGAUGGGUUUCAUGGUUAGCUUAACACAGCAGUUACACAGUCAAGAAGCCGUCGUAUCGCUCACUCACAUACACUCAAACACACACAGACACACACACCCCUCACUUUUUCUUGCCUUCUUCAUGCUCAUCCUAUCACCAGCCAGGACACAUUCACAGCCUCACAAACAUAAUACUUAGGGCCUGAUUUACUAAGAUCCAAACACCGCGCAGUAAACCGCAUGUGCAAACAAUAAAAUAGCGUCUACUAUUAGUGGGCGCGUUGCCUGCGAUAGUGUUACUAAGACUGCCUCAUUUAAAUGAGGAUUUUGCGUGUACUCUAUGGUGGAUCACCACGUAGACACUCUCAUCUAUUGCACAUUCAUGUUAUUAUGCUCCUCCCCGUGGAGAUUUGCUAUGUUUUCAAACAAGCAGGAGACAUGUACCACUUUUUAUGGGCAUUUUAGAAGCAGUCAUGCAGUGCAUCUACAUUGACAUCACUGCACUUAUGUGCUCAAAACGCAAAACUGCAUACUUCAAGAAGUUUUUUUCAUAUAAGAAAUAUUUUGUAAUAUAUAUUCUAAGUAAAAAAAAUCAUUACAAAAUAUUAAAUGAUGCAUCAAUUGAAUUUGUUUUAACCAGCCCCUUAAGUCCUCUCGCAGAUAUACAAUUAUGUUUCUGAAUAGACAAUAUGUCUAAAGUUGUUCAUUUCUGAACGUCCAAAAUGUUGACACACAUGUGUGACGGAGUAUUCUCGUCUGUCUGUGCAGCGCAAGAUCUUGCAGCCGUGUGUGGAAUUGUCAGUUUCUGACACGUGCUCAAUACAACACAGAAUAGUCCUCGCAAUACAGUGAUGAGUGUUGAUGAAUCACAUUGUGUGUGCUAAAUAAUUAUAUUUGCAUCUUAGCCACACCUAGUGUGUGUGACAAUCAUUGGUACUUUAACUUUAACUUCUCUUCCCAGUAUUGCAGGCAUUUUGAUGAUCAGCAUAUAUUUUGCAUAUUAAUGAAGACAGAGACGCAAAUUGUAUUUCACACCUUAUUCUUCUCACUUAACAGACGCAAUCCACUUUGCACACAUUUAGUAGAUCAGCUGUGCUUGUGCUGUCAAGUUUGCACUUGUUUUAGUACAUGCAAACUUUGAGUAAAACAGGACCCUAGUGACAGAAGUAUUCCAGGAAAGUGCAGCAUGCUGUAAACUUUAAUUGGCUUCUGCUUCCAUUGAUGAUAUCAAAUAUAACCGACAUCCAUAUUUUCUGUACAUACGCUAUUUAAAUAUUGUACAUAUACUUAGCAUCCUGUUAAUUGUAGCUGUCAUUUGGGAGUGUGAGUGGGUUUGUGCGUGCUGUUACUUUUCAUAUAUGAACAUAUCAGCCACUGUGACAUCUCAGCACAACACGCAUAAUUCAUUCAACAUAUUCUAUUCAUCAAUAUUACGACCUGCUUUGCACCUUUGUGGAAAAUAUCAAACAUACACUGAGUUAGUUCUCACACUUUUCACUCUAGUCUGAAAUGCUCAUCAUUAAAACAUUUUAACAAACUUCAUAUAUUCUACUGAACUUAUUUAAUUAUUCGUUCCUACAUUAAAUUAAACAUAUCUUAUUGAUAAUUUCGACACCCGAAAAUAUUUAGAAAAUCAUUCCAAAGUUAUUUUAAACAUUUUAAUAAUCACUCCUUCAUUAAAUUAAGUAUAUUUAAAACAUCAUUCUGACAGAAGUUAAGAUGUUUGAUAAUAUUCCCACAUCAAACUGAACAUAUUUAAAAAAAUAUUCCUACAUUAAAUUGAAAUGUGUUUCCAACUCAGACAAAGGUGUAAUUAACUAUCAAAGAUGCUCAAUGUGCCAACCUACCUACCAAAAUUAAACUUACCCCAUUCGAGGGUUUGGUAGAAAAAUAUUUCUCAAAAGGCAAUAAAGUUGACAUAACUUAUAUACACAUAUUAAACACAUAUUUAUUAGUGUGUAGAAACAACGCCAUCUGGAGGCGAGAUGACGAGUGUGACAACCAACCUAUUUGACAAUAAACUCCUUCCACCCUCCUCGGUCUACCUGUGAGUUCUGUUCUUAUGUUAUAGUCUAAGUCAGUCUUACUGUAUGCAGAACAUUUGGAGGACCUAAAUACAUUUUAAAAAAUACAGUCAUAGAAAUAUAUUACACUGGUAAUAAAAAAAAAGUACCUUAUAAACCCCAACAAGCUUUUUUUUUACUCAAGCACCUGUUUAAAAGCAUCCCUAAAAAUAGACCUUUUAUGCACUCACUCGCACAAAAUGUGUUUCCUGAAGUAGAGGAUUGAGGUUGAACAAUAGAAGUACGCCCACGUGCGACCUGAAAGCAGAGCCUUUAUUGCGCUUUAUGGGCGUUCAUGUUAAUCACCUGCAUGUUUAAAGUACCAGUAUAAUGGAAAAACAAGUUGCCUCUCAAUUCAAGCGAUUAUCAUCUAUAUCUGAUUUAUGAAACUUAAAGACUUACAAAGUUUGCUAAAAAAACA